CUGAGAUAUGGCAAAGGCCGAGUACUCUGAGAACACGGAGCCCAAUCAAAUAGGACAGGAUUCAGAGUCCGAUUCAGAUCCGGACGACCAUUUGCCCAGUGUGGACGCCGGCGUGGGGUUCGGGUCGCUCAGAAGGACUCAAGUGAUCCACAGCGGACAUUUCAUGGUCUCCUCGCCUCACAGUGACUCCAUCAGGAGGAGAAGCGUAGCUCUUUAUCACGAUGAUCUUUAUAAUAUUGACAGUUUUAAUAAACCGGGUUGCCAGACUUACAGGUUUGGUCCUUUGAGCUCGAGAUGUCUCAGCAUUGACCCUACACUCACGCGCCUGUUUGAAUGCAUGACAUUGGCAUACAGUGGGAAAAUUGUGUCACCUAAGUGGAAGUCUUUCAAAGGAUUGCGAUUACUGUGGAGAGAUAAAAUUCGACUGAAUAAUGGCAUCUGGAGAGCCUGGUUCAUUCAAUAUGUGGAGAAAAGGAAGAACCCUGUGUGUGGGUUUGUCACACCCCUGGAAGGCUCAGAGGCCGAUGCCCACCGCAAACCUGAGGCGAUUGUUCUGGAGGGCAGCUACUGGAAGAGGCGGAUAGAGGUGGUCAUCAAAGAAUAUCACAAAUGGAGGAUUUACUAUAAAAAAAGACUUCAGAAGAACAAGGAUCUGCUGUCAAUGCUGCAGAAGGGGCCUAUCUGUAGGGCGGGGUUGGAAAAGUGGACCAAUCAGAUUUAUCCAGAGCCUGAGGCAACAUCAGAAGAGGUGCACAUGUUUGACUUGGACUGCUUUCUGUCGGACAUCUCAGACACACUGUUCACUAUGACCCAGAAGCCCACCUCAUGGAGUGGAGACCGCCAAAACACCUACACUAGUAAUGCAGAUAUGAUCCAGCCCGGCCUGACACCCCUGCAGCCCAACCUGGAUGAUCUCAUGGACAUACCGGAUAUUUUCAUGAGUUACCGUGCACAGCCGACAGAGCUGAUGGGUUAUUCUGACUGCGGCUUCUUUGAGACCUCAUCCAGUGGAACAUUUGCUUCAAAUUCUGAAGGGACCAUUCCACUCACUUCCACAGCACCUGUGCUGACACAGCCCACUCUUUCAUCUGAAACUUUACAACCCUCCUCAUCUGUACAUCUACCUGAACACAGCUACCCCCGCCAGACCGUAAACCCUACCAUGACCUUUAACCCCAGUGGUGACACUUCAGAACCCAAGUUCACUGGUCACUCAGAAUAUGUCAGUGAAUUUCAUCCCUCUCUGAACCUCCCCUCCGGCAUCACGCCGUACGGACCGCACAUGUCUUUCGGCAGUCACGGCAUGCCAACCACAGAGAUGCCAGGUGCUGUGACACAGGAAACUCCUUACCAAUACCAAACAGCUUGUCUUAGACACAGACAUGUAUCCAGCCGAUCACGGACAAGCGCGGCCGUCACGUCCACGGUCAUCACCCACACUGGCUCCGCUAUGACCGCCCUGCUGUCUGACGGCUCGCAGGGGCACGGGUACUCCGGCACAGAGGAAAUGUUUACCCCAGUGGGGUACCAACCCACAGCGGUGAGCCCGUCUCUGUCCUCGCACGGCCUCUCUCACUGCUUCUCUGUGCCGCAGCAGGUGGGCGUGGCCACAGGAAGAGGGAAGUAUAAGCAGAAGUCGGGAGAAAUCCAGUCGGUUGCGAGGUCUUCAGCUCCGCCCACACAGACAAGCUGUCUGGCCAAUCUGCUUUCGUCUGGCUCUCAUGAACGAAAACCAUUACUGAGUUUUGAUGCUCAUUCAGGUCUAUCAGCAUCAUCCAUCUCCCCUCUGACAAGCAGCGGUCAAGUGGGAUCACACAUUUCCCACAAUUCCUCCUGGGCCUCUACAAGAAUCCCAGCGAUGACAUCGUUACACUGUCAGACGACCAUGUCAAGCCACGCCCACAGCAGCACCAUUUCCUCCCUCCUCACUCAACAAACGCCUCUUCUCACCCCCAAAACAGAGAAACUCUCCCCUGUACAGAUGCCACCAACAGAGAGAAGCAGUUUAACAGUUACUUUUUCAGGAAAUAUAGGACAGACGUCUCCUACAAAUCCACCCGAGAAAACCCUAGAAUCACACUUCUUACCAGGACACGCCCAGGUGGAGUCCACCAGGACGGACACUCGACGCAUCACACACAUUUCUGCCGAGCAGAAGAGACGGUUUAACAUUAAGCUCGGGUUCGACACUCUACACAGCCUGGUGACGACUCUCAGCUCACAGCCUAGUAUAAAGAUCAGUAAGGCCACCACGCUACAGAAGACAGCGGAGUACAUCAGCAAGAUGCAGCAGGAAAGAGCUCAGCUCCACGAGGAGGCGCAGAGACUCCGAGACGAGAUCCUGGCACUCAACUCCGCCAUAAACGUGUAUCAGCAGCAGCUCCCCGCCACCGGCGUCCCGAUAACACGUCAGCGUUUUGAUCACAUGAGAGAGAAGUUCAGAGAGUAUGUGAGGAUCCGGACUCUGCAGGAUUGGAAGUUCUGGAUUUUCAGUGUCAUCAUUGAACCUCUCUUUGAGUCUUAUAACGGUAUGGUGUCUACAGCAAGCGUUGAAGAUCUGUGUCGCACCACUCUGUCCUGGCUGGACCAGCACUGCUCUCUGCCUGCACUCAGACCCACUGUCUUAAGUUCACUCCGCCUGCUCUGCACGUCCACGUCAAUACUCUCGGACCCCAGUCUGCUUCCCGAACAGGCCGUCAAAGCUGUCACUCACGGACAUUCCUCCCACAGCUUCAGCCAGUGACAUCAUCCUUUCCUGGAACUGUAGCCAAUCAUAUCUGUCCAGAAUCUGCCGCUUGUGUAUCAUACCGCACAACCAACGAUAUUGUCAUAACAUUACUAUAGUUGCAACCAAUGCUAACCUUUUGAAGAACAUAAUGUUUUAUGUUGACGUAUAUUAGAUAUGAUUCAAAGCUCUAUAACUCUUCUUAAGUUUAAGUUCUUUAGUUUGGUUAUUAAAUGUUUAGUAGUUUGAUUUAUUUGUUUUUUUCAUUCAUUAUUUAUGUAAUAUUCAGUAGAGGGUUGAUGAGACAGAUUUCAACUUCUGUCACCGGCCUGUGAACACCACAGCUCAAUGUUUGAGAAUCUCUGCAAAAUGUUCUGGUUUAGUUUUACUAAGCUUCGUUUAGUAAAGACAGUAGUUUACUUAAGUUAUGGAGGUUUACUUGUGUCUGCUACACACGCUGUAAUUUGCUUCACAGUUUAAGGCACACCAUGUGUUCACAACAGAAGAUCUUUCUUGUUUUGGGUCACUUAUUUAUUCCUUAAUAAUAUUUUUUCAACAUUUUAGAAUAAAAGUAAGUUACUAUGGAA